AUGGGAGAAGAUGAUGCAUCAAAAUGUAACGCUAUAAGAAAGGGUGGUAACAAUGACGGCGAAGAUUCCAAAAAGAGUGAUUGGCUUGGUCCAAAAGUGAAGAAGGGUGAGAAGGGCACCACAGAGAGCGACAAAAUCGCCCGUGACGCUCCGUCGCGUAAGACUCCUUCACGGAUGAGCUCGUCACAAGCACCAGUACAAAAGGAGAAACCUUUGACGUCGAAAUUAGGAACAAUCGAA